UUUUAAUCAUCUAUUUGUAUCAUAAAAUCAAAAAAAACCUGAAAAAGAUCCUGUAAAAAAUGGCUCCCUUAAAAUUCAUUAUCACAUUUUUCUUAAUGAUGACGCUGGCAUAUAAUAAUGUUGGAGCUCGUCCUCCUCCAUCUUCAGACAUGCUAAUGAUAGAACAAGAACUAAAUUAUAAAAAAAUGCCUACUACUAAUGAAGACGAAUGUGAGAAAACUCCUGCUUCUGAAGAAGAGUGUACUGAGGAAGUUACUGAAGAGGAGGAAUGUACUGAGGAAGUUACUGAGAAGGAGAUUGAGGAAUGUACAGAGAAAGUUGAAGAAAGUAAACCCGAAAAGGAAGAUAAGAAAGAUAAAUCUGAGGAAGAAGAUGAAGAAGAUAAAAUUGAGGAGAAAGAUAAGGAAUGUAAACCUGAAGAAGAAAUUAAGCCUCCUUGUGAAGAGGAAAAUGAGAAAGCGUCAGGAUAUAUUAAUAAUUUCAUGCUUGAUAAAAAGCCUCCGAAAGAAUGCAAGCCCGAACCCACUACUACUGAUUGCAAGGACGAUAACGGAGACGACGAAUGCAAUGGCGGUAACGGAGGCAACGAAGGCAACGGAGGCAACGGAGGCAACGGAGGCAACGGAAGCAACGAAUCUAGUACCGAAAACAAGUCCCUUCCUUCCGGCAAUGGAGGCAACGGAGGUAACGGAGGCAAUGGAGGCAACGUAGGCAGCGGAGACAACGGAGGCAACGUAGCCAACGUAGGCAACGUAGGCAACGGAGGCAACGAAAGCAACGAAAGCAACGGAGGCAAUGGAGGCAACGGAAACAACGAAGGCAACGGGUCCACCAGACAAACUCUUCCAACUUUACCACCUUUAGGGAACACUACUCCCGAGACCAGGCCCACUUCUUCCGGCAACGGGUCCACCAGACAAACUCUUCCAACUUUACCACCUUUAGGGAACACUACUCCCGAGACCAGGUCCACUUCUUCCGGCAACGGGUCCACCAGACAAACUCUUCCAGCUUUACCACCUUUAGGGAACACUACUCCCGAGACCAGGUCCACUUCUUCCGGCAACGGGUCCACCAGACAAACUCUUCCACCUUUACCCAUACCCAUACCACCCUCAGGAGAAGCUCCCCAACCUCGAACGUGAAUAAUAGAAUAGUUUUUCAAACAUCAAUGAAUAAUUAUUAGAAAGCUUAUUUUAUUAUAGACUCUAGAACUAAGUAAACGUUUAGCCUAUUUAUCUCUGAACACAAUCUUAUAAGUAUUAAAGUAUCUGUUACACUAAUUUUUAAUUAUAAAAUGUGAUCAUUUUUGUGCACAUUUAUAUCAUGUUUAGAAACUUUAUUACGCAAUGGGCUUACUGUAUAAAAAAAAAAAAUAAAAAA